AUGCAUCGGUCCUCUUUGCUCGCCCUGGUGCCCUCGGUCUUUCUGGCACACGCGGCAACUUUGCGGAACCGUCUAGAUGACACCAAUGUCGGACUGACUCCAACUAUGGGCUGGAGCAGCUGGAAUGUCGCCCAAUGUGAUGCUGCGUCUGAGGAGUACGCCAUGAAUACCGCCAAUAAGUUGUCAGAGUUAGGGCUCAAGGACCUCGGAUACGAGUAUGUCAACAUCGACGACUGUUGGACAGCGAAAGAGAGAGACGGGAAUGGCAACCUCGUCCCUGAUCCCAACAAAUGGCCAAGAGGCAUCCGCCCCGUGGUGGACGACAUCCACGCCAUGGGCCUGAAAUUUGGCCUGUACGGCUGUGCAGGCACUCUCACAUGCGCCAGCUACCCCGGCUCCGAGGAUCACGAGUAUCAGGACGUACAAUUGCUGGCGGAUUGGGACGUAGACUUCUGGAAACACGACAACUGCUUCACAGAAUGCCCCGUCACGCCUCCGCCCCAGACGUGUUGGGACUACCCAGUCAGCACAGAACCAUGGUAUGCCAAGAUGGCCGAUGCAAUCCAGAGCGUCAAGGCACAGAAGGAGAUCCUUUUCAACCUCUGCCAGUGGGGCAGGAACGAAGUCUGGACCUGGGGCGACAAGUAUGGACAUUCGUGGCGCAUCGAGAACGAUAAUUGGGGCGACUGGGAGUCUGUGGUGAGAAUUGGCUCGAAGGCGGGAGAGAUCGCCCAGUAUUCUGGCCCUGGAGGAUUCAAUGAUCUGGACAUGUUGUUUGUUGGCAAUAAUAAGCUUACGCACAACCAAGAGCGCCUUCAUUUUGGUCUCUGGGCAAUCGCCAAGUCGCCCCUAGUGAUCGGAGCGGACCUUACCAAGAUCCCGACAUCCUCCCUGGAUAUUCUUCGCAACAAGGACCUUAUCGUCAUCAAUCAAGACCCUCUUGGUGCCGCUGCAGCGCCAUUCAGACCAUCCAACAGCAACAGCCCUGAGCCUGUUCCGGGGGAGAUCUAUCCUUACUGGACCGGCCCCCUCAGCAACGGCGUGGUCGUGGCAUUUUCUGGAGCUAAUGGGGCUGGUGAUUUCUCCGUCAAAUUCUCCGAGGUGCCGGGGCUCGAAGCUGGCGAGCACUGCUGGAAGGAGGCAUACUCUGGAGAAGAGGGCCGGAGUGACUCACUUAGCUUCAGCGUUGAGCAGGACGAUAUUGCUGUCUUCACGGUCACUGACUGCGCUUAG